CUACUCUUUCGACUGAUAAUUGAGCCUCAUUUUUUCAAAAUUUUCAUUUUGGUUCAACUUACUAGUAAUAAGCCUUAUUUUGCUUACUAGUAAGUUACUAGUACUUUUACUAGUAACUUACUUACUAGUAAGUAAGCCCGCACAACCCUACUGCUCAAGAAAUUUUGUGAACUUCAACAUUCGAAUGAACGUUCGAAUGUUCGUGUCAAACCGUCGAACUCUUGAUUUGAACAUUUGUUGCAGCACUACUUAAAAGCGAUGUGAAUUGUUAGUACUCGUUAUUACGCAAGUUGCGGGUAAGCUUGAACUCGACUUUGGACAGCAAUCAACUUGCAUCUUACACUUUCACCUAGAGCUGCUUUUUGUCAUGUUCACGCUGGUGUUUGAGAAGUUGGGUCAUUUUCUGGUGGUGUCUGCAGUUUUCAUCGUAGAUGCAAUGGUUUUUGAUUCGCUCCUGUUAUUCAAGUUAAUAUCUCUGACGUUGUAUAUUUUCCUUGGUUUGUUUUUGCUUAAACGCUUUACUUGGCCUAAAUAGUUUUGGUUUAUGUUUUAUUGGCUAAGAUGCCUUAUUUUGUGUCGCUUCAGGGCAAAAUGAUUUUUUGCAAUAAUCGAUUUUGCAUAAAUCAUUUUGGAAUCAAUUAAAUUUUUGUUUCAAGUGCUCCGGCUCAUCUUGCUCAAUUAUUACGAUCCAAACUAUCUAAAUUAUUAACUGUGAAACAAACCAAGAUUUUUUCAGAAGUAAAGUUCGUAUGAGUUUUACGAAUCCAUCAUGUUUGUCAGAGGUUUUUAGGUGAACCCUGAAAGUUUCACUCGAAAUGCAUCCAUAGGUUAAAUGCUUUUUUUUUUAAAAAAGGCAGUUGAAGAACUCGAAAAAACAUUGACCUAUAAAAUAUUGGCUACGGUAAUGAUAAUAUGCGAGGAUGUGAGAUUCAUAAUCUGCUGGUUAGAGUUUCGAUUCCGGCAUAUAGAAAUUUUUUUCCUUUUAAAGGCUUCCUUUUAAAUUUUCACAGCUACUUUUUUCUGUUUUCUUGCUUGUUUGCGAAGCGCAGAUUCACUUCUAUGCAAAACUAACAAUUUUUAAAAUUGUUUGAUUGAACAUCUGAUCAAAGUAAUUAAUAUCACAUGCAAAUAUGCUUAUCGCUACGCCCCAAUAGGAAAGAAUAUUAUCGUCAAACUACAAUAGUUAUGAUUUUGCAGUCAUUGUUGUGAUGGUUCUAUUCACGUUGUCCAUCUGCGCCUCAUAAAAUAUUUGCAAUUGAUCUUUGUGCUACAGACUUGCUGAAAUUAGUUCGAGAGCUGCAAUGGAGCUUUAAUAGAUAUUCUGUUUCAAUUUGGUGCUUAUCAUAAGUAAAUACAAAAUGAAGGCAUGGAAGAUGGACAUCACUGGCAAAAUGUCUUCCUUUUUUUUCGCCGGCUGUGGAGUGCCCUCACCCCUAUUCUCUCUGGCUACCUGUUUGAAUCCGCACUCGGACCCAUGUAUAUCAUGUAUUUUGCAUGCUUCUCAUGCUUACUGCAAUGUGUCAUUUUCGCCAGUGCUUGGACAGUAACCAGAUACGCACAGCUGAAGUAGAAGUAUGUUUAUAGCGCAGAAAAAGAAGAGAACGCGAAAAAAGAAGCAAUGAAAUUAAAUUUUAACUUUUGAUGGAAGUAGCGCCUUAUUUUAUACUUGAAACGUACUUUUAAUACUUUUCGAGUGUGUAUCAAUGAGUUUAAUUUAAGAUAAUAAGUAAUGGAGUUUGUAAUUAUUGCACAGUUCGAAUCCUGUCUCACUCAAUUUUAUCAGAAGACGAAGAAAAUAUCUCUGAGACUGCUAAUGGCUAUUGCCGUUGGUCUGAAUGAAGAUGUCAACUUCUUUUGUGAAAAGCAUGAAAACAUAGGCGGUGAAGGAAACCCGACUGCUAUGCGAUGUCUCUCUCUACUAUCCACCUCUUGAGAAGUUGCCGUUAAGCAGAGUCAAACCCGGUUAAUUGAGGUGUGAGGAACACAGUGAUUACGGGAGGAAAAGUGAAUGUGAAGGCUCAAGUGCUCGUCAUCUGCUUGAUAUUCAUGUACUACGUCAACACGUGUGGCAUCGAGCGCAUCUUCCAGUCCAUGAGCUACUCAUUCGGACUCUGUGGACCAUUAAAGUUGGAUCCAUCAGCAGCAGUUAUCACAGACACUGCCUAUACUGGGGGAUUCAUGUCAGGAAGAAUACUGAGCAUCAUUAUUGGAAUCAAAAGCAGCUACUUCCCAUCAUGUGUUGUUACUUCCCAUCAUAGAAGUCGCAUGGUGAUGGCUACUUGUCUGUUGGCAUCUAUCUUCUUAGCCCUAGUGAGUGAGUUCUCAGCAAUGGGACUAUACCUGGGCACUUUUGUGGUCGGAUUCUUCAUUUCUUCUGAGUUCGGGGGAUGUGUCAAUUGGUGUGCUAAGGUGUGGAGAUGACUCAUUGUCACUUGAGGGACCUCCUGUAUGACACAGAUUAUACAGUGCGGGUGAGGGCUGUAAACAGCAGUGGCCACAGUGACUACAGCGACUCAAUCAUACUACGCACUGGCACUCCGCCCAUCCAGUUUGCACUGGACAACAACACUGCUCAUGUCAGUUUGAAGAUUACUGGCAACACAGCGCAGUAAGACAGAGGGGGUGCUAAGAGUAGACUGGGACAGUUAGGGGAGGACUGCUUCCUGGGGGCCUCCUUCUCUGUUUUGGGAGACAAGAGCGUGAACAAGGGCAAGCACUACUGGGAAGUGAAGGUGAAGGUCAAAUCAACAGACAGAAUAGGUGUGGCUUACCUGAACACUCCUCGCGAUAGUCUAAUCGGGGACUCAGACAAGUCCUGGGCGAUUGGGUUCCUCGCAAACGAAGAGGGACGACUCUUCUGCUACCACAACAAGAAGAAAAAACAACUCAAUAUCGAGCUUCCAUCAUCUUCGCCUCCUCUGAAAUCGGUCACAGUCGGAACACCUUUGGAUCUAAAUGAGAACUUUGUGGCGUUCUUCAUAACAGAGUUUCACCAGCACAUUCACACAUUUAAGGUCAACUUCACAGAUCCAGUUUUUCCAGCAUUUUCAGUCUGACCAAAUGACGUCACAAUUUCUUCUGGACUGCAAGUGCCAGAUUUUCUUUUGGUGUGAGCUACGAGGCAGGGGUCGAUUAGAAGUUGAGCUUUUGCAUUCAUAGGGAUAUUUUCAGUGCUAUAGAUUUAAUAUGUAGCGCAGUAAUCAUUUUAAAUCUGAGCGAGAUAGUUUAGAACAAAUGUAUAGAACUUAUCAACCUUCAUUAAGUUCACGCAGUUUGCUCUUUGUCUAAUAGAGUGAACUGAAA